AUGGUUGGUGAGGCAGUCAGGAAUGGGCGUAUUUCUCCCUUGGUGGUUAGUCGAGACAGUGUGGAGCUAUCACAUAUUCAGUUUGCUGAUGACACUAUUCUGUUUUGCCCGCCAGAAGAAGAGACUAUGAAGAAUUACAAGCGGCUGCUGCGGUGGUUUGAGUUGAUGUCCAGGCUUAGUAUUAAUUUUGAUAAGUCCAGCUUGAUUCCUGUCAAUUAUGAUAAGCAGUGGGUACAACGCAUAUGUAGACUGUGGGGCUGUAAGGAAGGUACCCUCCCAGUUAAAUACCUUGGAAUCUCUCUAGGAGCAAAUCCGAGGUUGGUCAACACCUGGAAGCCUAUUAUCGACGAAGUGGAAGAGAAACUGGGCCUUUGGAAAGCUAAGGUGCUAAACAAAGCUGGGAAGUUGGUGUUCAUCAAAUCAGUUCUAAAUAGCUUGCCAGUGUAUUAUUUGAGCUUGUAUAAGAUGCCGAAGGCUGUUGCUGAGAAAUUGAUUUCCUUACAAAGAAGUUUUCUAUGGAGCAAGGAGGAUGGGAGGAAUGGUAUGGCUUUGGUGAGAUGGGAUUUGGUGCAGGCCCCAAAGAAAUUAGGUGGAUUGGGAGUUGGAGAUGCUAUGGUGCUGCAAGAAGGAAUACUAGCAGAGGAUAUAACCAGUUAUAGCUUCACUCAGACCAUCUAG